AUGAACGACGACCCCAUGGCCACCUCGAAGUUGGCCGAGGGGAUCCGCGGCUUCUCCGCCGACCUGGUCAAGCUGGAGGCCACCGUCCGCGACCGCCUCGGCGUCACCCCGUCCCCGAGUCCCGGCCCGGCCUGGGCCCCGCCUGCCGCCGCCGCCGCCGCCGCGGCCAACGGAGACGGUGUUACUAACGGUAACGGUAACGGUGGCGGUGGCGAUAAGACGGAGUUUGACCAGCUGGCGGAGGUGACGACGAUUGUGGCGGACUCGGGAGAGAUCGAGGCCAUCCGCAAGUACAAGCCCACGGACGCCACGACCAACCCGUCCCUCAUCUACGCGGCGGCGCAGAUGCCGGCGUACCAGGGCUUGGUGGACGACGCGGUGAAGCACGCGCUCGGCCUCCAAGGCUUGCCAAAGGAGCGAGUGGAGGCGGCCAUGGACAAGUUGUCUGUGAACUUCGGGCUGGAGAUUCUCAAGAUCGUCCCUGGCUACGUCUCCACGGAGGUUGACGCUAGGCUCAGCUACGACACGGAGGCUACGGUGGCUAAGGGCAGGAGCAUCGUGGCGCUCUACAAGGCCGCUGGGAUCGACAAGUCCCGCGUUUUGAUCAAGAUCGCCAGUACGUGGGAGGGCAUCAGAGCGUGCGAGAUCCUGCAGAAGGAGGGCAUCUCCUGCAACAUGACCCUUCUCUUCUGCAUGGCUCAGGCUGUCGCUUGCGCAGAGGCAGGGGCGACGCUCAUCUCCCCCUUCGUGGGUCGCAUCACGGACUGGUACAAGGCGGACACCGGUCGAUCAGGGUACGCGGCGGAGGAAGACCCCGGCUGCCUCAGCGUGUCGGAGAUCUACGGGUACUACAAGAAGCACGGGCACGGCACGAUCGUCAUGGGGGCCAGCUUCCGGAACAAGGGGCAGAUCCUGCAGCUGGCGGGCUGCGACCGGCUCACCAUCGCUCCCAAGUUCCUGGAGGUGGGUGAAGAUGAUGAUGAUGAUGAUGAUGAUGAUGAUGAUUACGGCAAUGGGGAGCUCAAGGGCGGGACAGAAAAGGUGGAGCGCAAGCUGGAGCCGGAGACAGCCUCGAAGGCAUACAGCGGGGGCCGCUACCCGGCAGACUCGAAGUCUUUCCGGCUCAAGCUGAACGAGAACGCGAUGGCGACAGAGAAGUUGGCGGAGGGCAUCGCCUCCUUCUCCCAGGCCAUCGUCAAGGUGGAGAAGAUCAUCACCGACAGGAUCGCCGCGGCGUCGACCUGA